AUGUCGGCUCUCUUACGAGAUGCCCCGGUGGGCCAAUUAAUCCGUUUGAUCAGCAGAAACAAAUAUCUCCAAUAUCCCGAAGAGAAAGCCGACUUCCAAUGCCCUCCAUCAUAUCAAGAAGCAGCCAAAGUUGCCUUUCCUUCCAACUCCACCACCCCCGACCCCGCCUCAGCAGAAGUCCUCGAGAAACGACUUGAAGACGUUCCAGCGGCAGAGAGUGAAAGUCAGGGUCAAGAGGCACUUACUACGGUCGCCACGGCAGCAGAUCGUGAAUCCCUCGCCCCUUCAGACCGCACACUGUCGAAAAUCAUGACUCGUGCCGAACUCAGCCAGGUCAACACCCGCGCCGACCUCGAACAAGCCUACACCAACGCCACAAGACAGGAAACCCUCAAGAAUCAGCCUUCUCGUCCCAUCCAGCCUGCUGUGACCGCUGACGGCACCAUCCUUGUCGACUGGUACACGACAGACGACGCUGAGAAUCCGCAGAACUGGUCGCGGGGGAAGAAAGCCGUGGUCGUCCUGCAAAUCUACCUGUACACACUCGCCGUGUACAUGGGCUCGGCGAUUUUCACCCCCUCAGAACCCUACAUUGUCGAGAAAAUGGGCGUCUCCUCCAACGUCGCGGCCCUGGGUCUCUCAAUGUACGUUCUCGGCUACGGCGUGGGACCUCUGAUUUUCUCUCCCCUCUCUGAGAUCCCGCUCAUCGGCCGCAAUCCACCAUACAUGAUUACUUUGGGGAUUUUCGUGAUUAUCUCCAUUCCGACGGCCGUCGUAGACAAUUUCCCCGCCCUCGUUGUCCUGCGAUUCCUCCAGGGCUUUUUUGGUAGUCCCUGUCUUGCGACCGGCGGCGCCUCGAUCGGCGACGUCUACUCGCUUCUCAAACUCCCCUACUUUCUGACCGGCUGGGCGGCCUUUGCGACCGCUGGCCCGGCUUUGGCACCAAUCAUUUCGGGCUUCUCCGUCCCCGUGACCAGUUGGCACUGGUCCCUCUGGGAAAUCGUCUGGCUGGCAGCCCCGGUCUACCUUUCCCUCCUCUUUUUCCUUCCCGAAACAUCGUCCUCGAACAUCCUUCUCCGCCGCGCGGCACGACUUCGGCAACUCACGGGGAACAAUAACCUCAGGUCACAAUCGGAAAUCGACCAGGCCAAAAUGACCGUCACCGAAGUCGUAGUGGGCAACCUGUGGCGACCCGUGCAAAUCAACGCGCUCGACCCCGCUGUCCUGUUUACUUCCAUCUACACGGCCCUCAUGUACAGUAUCUUCUAUUCGUUCUUCGAGGUGUUCCCUCUCGUCUAUGGGACUGGCAACCCCGGCACGGCGACCCACGGCUACGGUAUGAACCUCGGCCAAAUCGGGCUAAUUUUCCUGAGUAUUUCCGUGGGCGUCAGUAUUGCGAUCGCCAUCUACGUGUGGUACCUGCAUUGGGUGUUCGAACCUGAAAUUCGGAUCACGGGUCUCGGCGAGCCGGAACGACGUAUCAUCCCUGCGUUGCCGGCGUGCUUUCUCUUGCCGAUCGGGCUAUUCCUGUUCGCGUGGACGGGCAACAGAAUCUUCAUCCUCUUCCAAUGUAUCUUUAUCUAUAUUCCGUUGACGUACCCACAAUACGCAGCCUCCUUGUUCGCCGGCAACGACUUUGCUCGCUCCUCCAUUGCCGCCGGCGCUAUUCACUUCUCGAGACCUUUGUUCCAUAACCUCGGUGUUGGGAGAGGGGUGAGUUUGCUCGCUGGAUUGACAGUUGGUGGUAUCUUGGGUAUUUUUACCCUGUGGCGCUUCGGACCUUCACUGAGAGCGAGGUCGAGGUUUGCUGCGAAAUAA